AAGACGCAGCAACUUAAAUCCUCUCCUCUCAGCCACUAAUCUUGAAGCCAUGUUGGCCUCUCCGUCUUCCUUCCUGCACAGGAAUCCCAACCCUCCACCUGCAGACCCCACCAAAUCGGCGAGAACCUGCCGCCCUUCUCCGACCAUCCCUACCAAGUUCCGCCGCCAAUCACUCCCCAAUCGCGCCGCCGAUUUAGGUAGAUGGACGGCACUCAGAUUGGACGCCCAGCAGCAAAGAGGGCAAACGAAGCAGAAGCCGCAAGAACAAGAAGAACAACUGAGCGGCGCCGAUGUGCUGCGGGCACUGCAACGAGCCUCAGCCCAGAAAAUCAAGAAAAACCAUACCCGAGGCCGGGAAAGAGUGGCGGAGAAGGCGAGCAGAGGCGGAGAAAGAGAAGAAGGCGUUGAUGUAACUAAAGAUGAAAGCAGUGUUCGAGCCUUGUGCAUCAAUGGCGAAUGGGGUGCUCGUCUGGACGAUUUGGAGAAGCAACUUCGCGACCUUAUGCAUUCAUGAAUUUUUUUUUUUAAGUGUAAUAAAUCUAUAUAUGUAUGACUAUUUAUCCAAUUAUAUUAUUGAGAUAUACUGAUAUACCAUUAAUGCAGUGAUGAAUAACUCGCCAGUUAA